CCCAAGCGCGCCGAGAGGGGUCAUUCUCACUUCAGACGUGGUGGCGGCAGGGUGCUUGGUCCUCGCUCUCUCUUCUGGAAGCUGGUAGUCCCACCGCUUGUUAUCUCUGAGUGUGUCGACCUCGUUGACUUGGGCGAGAAGUGGUUCUGUAUUUCUCUUUCUCUCUAUCUCUCUUCCUGGCUCUCGAAACGCCGCCAUGCCUCCUUUGAAGACAUUCGGAGAAGCAGAAAUCGGUGUUGCAGAAGACACGACCUCGAUAGGCCAGAUCAACCCGGCAUUCGUCGGCAUCCACGAAGACGAAGCGACCGAUCUCGCGCACCGCCGCCACCCCCCGUCGGGGAGGGAGGACCCGCAGAAGACAAGACAGGCUCCACCGAUGCCAAGCGGCCGCCGCCGUCAGGUCGAAUCUCUCCCUCGGACUUAAAGGCCAAGGGGAAACAGUUCGACCUGGUGAAGGAGUUGAUCACAGGCGAAGAUUUGGUCAAGGCUGUUGGCGGAUCUGGUCCUGCGUGGAAGGCCGACGAAGGGCAGAGGAACGGCGAUGACACCGGCCAGCCCGCUCCGGACGCCGGCCCAGCACUCGGCACACAGGCAUUGGGCGUGGUGAUGGCCUCUCUCACGCACUUAGCAAUUGGAACGAUCGUGGGCCUUCCUGGGGUGACGUUGCCGCAACUCACGGAUCCGAACACGGAGGACAUCUUUCUCGACACAGCACAGGUGGCGCUUUUUGGUAGUUUAGUCCACAUCGGCGCCAUCGUGGGAUCCCUUGUGGGCGGAGCGUUGAAUCUGCGCCUGGGUCAGCGAGUGACUCUGCUGAUAGCGAUGCCCUUAUCGCUGGCGCUGUGGCUGGCUCUGGCCUUUUCUCCGGCUGUGUGGAUGGUGCAGGUGGCGCGCACGCUGCUGGGAGUGGCGCAGGGCCUCGCUGGCGCCGCAGCCAAUAAUUAUGUGGUAGAGGUGGCCCACACCUCCGUGCGAGGCCGGUUCGCUGGCUUCGUCGACACAGCCAGGCAGCUUGGCUUCCUGUUCGCUUACGUCGUCGGGAGCACGGGCUUGUCUUGGCGCCACGUGAGCCUCGUGUGCGGCUUCGUGACGGCCAUCCCCCCCUUCAUCGGCCUGCUCUUCCUGCCCAACUCGCCCCGGUGGCUGGUGACCCGCGGGCGCCUGGAGGAGGCCCACAAGGCGCUGAAAUUCUACCGAGGUCCGCGCUACGACGUCUCCUCCGAGCUCAGCGCCAUCACCGAGCAAAUCGACCGCACCUCCAGCAGCACCAUGGGCACCAAGGACCAGCUGCGACUGCUGAGGGAGCCGUCUGUGAGUCGGCGUCUGGUGCUGCUCACCUUCCUCAUGUUCAUCCUGCAGUUUACUGGCAACAUAACCAUCGCCACAUAUGUCGUGACGAUCCUAAAGUCCUCCAACACAGGAGUGGACGCCUACACGAGCGCCAUGUUGGUGGGCGGCAUCCGCGUCGUAGGCACCGUCGCCUUCCUGCUCCUGGUGGACCGCGUGGGCCGCAAAGCCAUUGUCCUGGCCACGUGCGUCGCCUGCUCCGUGUGCCUGACGGUGUUCGGGGUGUAUUUCUACCUGCAGAACCAGAGCGCCGACCUCAGCCACCUGACGUGGCUGCCGCUCACAGUGCUCCUGCUGUACAUGCCUCUCGUGUGCGCGCUGGAGGCCGCCACUUGCCUCCUUCGGGGAGAGCUUCUUCCCACCAACGUCCGAGCCGUGGGCGCCGCCCUCAUGUACAUCUUCUUCUUCUUGGGGAUGUUCGCCACCGCCCACUCCUUCCCCGCCAGCGUCUCCACCAUCGGAGAGCACGGAGUCUUCUGGCUGUACGCGGGGUCGUGCCUCCUGAUGGCGGCGGUGGUGGGCCUCUCGGUGCCCGAAACCCGCGGACUCUCCCUGGAGCAGAUCGACGACUUCUUCCGAGCGCAGAGAAAGCGCACGGACGCUUCGCAGAUAGAAAAAGAUUCGAAAAGUUAAUGCGUUCUAUCUCUUUUUAUCUUCGAAAUGACUAAAUGUAACUUUUAAGUAUUGUUAAUGCGCUUAAGUUUUCUUUGUUAUUUGUUAUUUUUUUAAUAAAGAUGAAAGACUGCUGUGAGCAAACUUGGGAACCUCUUCACAAAAACAGACAACACAGCAUUAACUUUAAGUUCUUAGAGAACACAAGAAUUUUCACCUCAAAGCAAAUGGCAAUGGAAAAGGUUUAAAGACCCAUUCGUUAUAUUUACAGACAUCUACACUGCACCUUGUGUUUAAUACGUCUCAUCCUCAUAAAUAUAAGGUCUCCAAGGGCGUGAGUUCGAACCCUGAUCAAGGUCCGAGUUGAGCAAGGACAUGCACUCGGUAUAACGGUCCCUCGCUGCCAGAUCCAAAGUCCUUUUACAGAAGACACCGUCCUAGCCCUUACGAGGGAGUUCGUGACGUAAAACCGUAUCAUCAAUAAACUGUUUUAUCUAAUCAUCAACACAUUUUGCGUUCAGGUCCUGUUUUUAUUCACAUCGUUAAACGUAUUCUACUUGUCGACCAAUUUUCGUUGUAGACAUUUUUGUAAGUCGUUUGUUUGUGGCUAAAUGCCCAUCUAUUUGAAAAUGUAUUUAACCAAAGAUCAUGAUUGAUUUUUUCGUGUCGAAUUAGCUACCUGUGAUAUUUCGAAAUAGAUGUAAUGAAAAUUUGUUAGAAAUAUACUCACUGAACUGA